AUGCUCGCCAACUCGAUGACCACCUUGGUAACUAUGAUAAGUGAUACUGAGAAAGACUUCAUCGCAGUUGAACGGUGCCGAGAAUUGACGGAAGAUACACCUUUUGAAGCUGCCGUUGUCUCCUGCUCUGGUGUGGUCCCGAGCCAUCUCCAUCAUCCACUCUCAACGCACAUUUCACAAACUACCUUGUCAGCCUGUCCCCAAGUUGAGGUCGCGUGGCCCAAGGAAGGUUGCAUUGUAUUUGAAAAUGUCCAUCUUGUUUACCCCUCCAUGAUGACGUCAACGCAGCAAACGGAAGUGAUUAUGGAAGGAAAUGAGAAGGAGAACUUUGCACUGAAUGGCGUUUCCCUCAAAAUAGGGGCGGGUGAGCAUGUUGGUGUUGUAGGUCGGACGGGUUCGGGUAAGUCUUCUCUCCUGCGCGUUCUCUUCCGCCUUGUGCCCCACCUCGAGGGACCUAUUACGAACCCGCAGAUUGCUCGUCUCAAAAACUUCCGUGGCGCUACGGGCACGGUGAAAGUCGACGACAUAGAUGUGCGUCAAGUGCCAUUGAACAUUCUACGCUCGAGGAUGUUGUGUGUUUCGCAGGAUCCUUUUUUGUUUUCUGGCACCGUUCGUGACAAUCUUGAUCCUGAUGGUCUCUACUCCGAUGGUCAGUUGGCGGAUAUACUAAUUAGGUGUGGCUUAGUGAACGAAGAGGGCGAAACCUUGACACUCCUGUCUAGUGAGGUAGGUGAGGCUGGUCGGAGUCUCUCAGCCGGACAACGGCAACUUCUCUGCCUCGCUCGAGCCCUCUUUCACCAUAGUCGCUCUCAACACAGUGUCAUAUGCCUUGAUGAGGCCACUUCAUCUCUCGAUGACACUUGCGAAAAAAAGAUUCAGGUAGGGCGAGUGCUUUGCUGUCCUUAUUGCCACUAG